GCAAAUGUUUCCACGAUGCUGAUCCGGUAAACUUGAUCAACGGUUCAUUGACUUGUGUAGGCCGAAGCUGUAGGCUUCACUCGUAAACAAGACCCGCCGGCUCCGGUCAUUACAUCAGAGAAAAGCUCCGCCGGUGAACGGAAACCGGACAUCGGUGUACCGGGCGAGAGAGAACGAUCGCGUGCUUUGAGAUGCACUGAAGCGCUUCCCGUCGCUCCUCCAUCACAAACGAUUUAACCGCGACGCGUCUCCGUUAUGGAGGACUGGAGCGAGUGUUUGGAUGUGGCCGUGCAGAUCGCGCAAAGAGCGGGACAGGUGGUUCAGUCGGCAGUGAAGCAGGAGAAGCGGGUGAGUAGCAAAAGCACGCCCACAGACCUGGUGACGGAGGCUGACCAUCAGGUGGAGGAGCUCAUAAUCUCCACGCUCAGGGAGAAAUACCCCUCGCACAGGUUUAUCGGUGAGGAGUCAUCUGCCGCUGGGGUGAAGUGUGAACUGACGGACAGCCCCACUUGGAUCAUAGAUCCCAUAGAUGGGACGUGUAAUUUCGUGCACAGUUUCCCCAUGGUGGCAGUAAGUAUCGGAUUUGCCGUAAGGAAAGAGCUGGAGUUUGGGGUCAUAUACCACUGCUUCGAUGGGAUGCUGUAUACAGCACGGAAAGGACACGGAGCGUUUUGCAAUGGCGUUCGACUGCAUGUUUCCAAAGAAAAAGAUGUGUCCAAGGCCCUUAUUUUAACAGAGAUCGGUGCAAAGAGAGAUCCCGCCACAUUGGACAUCUUUUUAGGAAAUAUGAAAAAACUGUUGAGUGCACCCACUCACGGUGUGAGGAUCAUUGGCAGUUCAACACUAGCACUUUGUCAUAUAGCCGGUGGGGCGGCGGAGGCCUAUUACCAGUACGGCCUGCACUGCUGGGACAUCGCAGCGGCUGCUGUCAUCAUCAGGGAGGCGGGCGGCUGUGUUAUUGACACCACAGGGGGCCCGCUGGACCUCAUGUCCAGACGCGUGGUGGCCGCCGGGACACGUGAGAUAGCAGACUAUGUCGUAAAACAACUGCAGCCUAUAAACUACGGCCGUGAUGACAGCGAGCCAGACGCCCUGGCCUGAGUGCCAUCGUGACCUCUGACCCCAUUCUAAGCCUUUUACCUCAAAAUACACAAUCCUGCCACAUUACAUCUACAUUGUCUUUUAAUGCAACAUUCACUUUUUUAGGUUUUUAUGAUUGAACAUCAAACCGUUCGUAUUCAGGUUUCAGGUCACACCGAACGUUUCAGUACAACCAUAUUUCACGUUUUUAUUACUUUGUAUUUAUUAAAUUGGUUCAUUCAUGGCAACACAAGUGACAGAUCUUCAUGGGCACAUACAUCAUACGUGUCUGAUUCAUGAUUUUUGGAUGCCUUGAAAUUGCAGACAAUGCCAAAUUCAACAAACCAUUUGAUGAAAUCAUUGAAAACAACAUAAUAUAGAUCAAUGCACAAUUAACAUGUUAUUAUCUGACGAAGAUCUAUCCUGAACAUUUAAUUGUAGUUAUUUCAUUUAAGGAAGUCAUUUAUAUUGACAUGGUCAGUAAAUUGGUAUAUUACAGUAGGCAAAAACAUGCUGCUAACUUGGAUCAUUACUCAGGAAUUAUUUUCUUUGUAAUGAAAGUCGUCAGUUAUACUGUAUAAGAUCAUGACACCUGGUAUUACAAAGCAUGCUUUACCUUAACUGAUCUGUAAUUCAUUAUUUACAAAGAAAGAAAAAGAUAUUUAGUCAUAUACACAAGCUAAGGGACACUCUUAAAAAAUAAAGGUCACAGCGAUGCCACAGAAGAACAAAUUUUGAUUCCACAAAGGACCAUUCAGUCAAAGGUUCUUUGAAGAACUAUCUCUUUUUUACCUUUUAACUACUUUGUAUAUGAAAAGCCUUUUUUAGCCACAAACAAACUUUUGUGAGACAGAAAGGUUCUUCGGAUGUUAAAGGUUCUUUAUGGAACCAUCUAGACCAAAAAGGUUCUUGUAUGGUAUGGAGAAGCACCUAUAUUUUUAAGAGGGUAAUAUUUUACCUUAUAUGGGUCUACAGGGGUAUCUAUUAAAUGCUCUUAACAACCUAAAAACACAGAAACAAAAUCAAUCCUUGAAAUUGGAAAAAAGGGUUCAUUCUUAAAGAGACCUUGAGACAACUGCGGUUUUAAUUCACUUUUUUAUGUUUUUGUAAUAAUAGAUAAUAGCCUAGAUCAGGGCUAUUCAAUUAGUUUAUCAUGGGGGCCAGUUCAUGAAAAGCAUCCCAAAUGAGGGGCCGGAGAGAUAUGGCUUGCAAUAUGAGAGAUGACACAACAACAAUAAGAAAUCUGUUUUAUUUUUUCCCAAAUUCCGUUUUUUCUGUUUUCAUUUUUCUGCAUUCUGCAUUUUCCGUCCUUCACUAUACAAUAGUAAUAUAUUUGCCCACAUGAGAAAAAUACUUCAGUAUACUACAGUAUUCACUUAUAAACUGUAUUAAAAACCUGUAGUAGAUACAGUACGUUGAACCAUACAGGGAAAAACCUGUAUGGUUCAACGUAAGAUUCUGUAAGAAACCUGUAAGAUUAUUUUUAGAAAUAAUAGAAUCUUACAUAAUACAUUUGCAAGAUUCUGUGCCAUUCCGCGUUAUACAGCAAAAUCUGUUUAAUGUCUGAAAUCCGUGAUUCAAUCUUAAGGCCGUGUAUGUUGUAUUUUUACAUUUUUUCCCCAUAAGACACCCAAAGUUUUUUUCCUACAUUUAAACAUGCUGAUGUUGUAUGUUAAACUGCACAACAACAUCGGUGCAUUGUAAGAUGCCCAAGCAGGCUUUUCUACAUUCCAACAUGUUCAUUUGUUGUAUUUUGAAACUGCAUAACAAAAAAGGAAAAUUCAGUGAGUGAAACAACAUUAACCUACAUUCUGACAUGCCGCCAAUUGAAUAGCCCGGGCCUAGAUGAUCUAACAGAGGACAGUUGUCUUACAAAUACAAAUGAGAUGUUUAUUUUUCACUGACAGUGUUUUAUUUCAGUAAUUUCUCCUGCUGUGAUCUAAAAAAAAUCAGCUUUUAAUCCUUGUGUGAAUCAGGGUAACAUUCCUAUUGUAUAAAAAUAAAAGGCAUACACA